AUGAAGGACGGCCACCCAGAGCCCGUGUACGACCUUACCGGGCACUGCUCGGUCGUAUACGAUAAGACGCUUUACGCCUACUCCUCCGCCGGAUUCCAGUCGCUGGCACUGCAAGAGGGGGCGAAAUGGCAAAAGCUGCCCAUGGACAUAUCGUUGACGGGAGCACAGUGUGUGAAGACGUCGGACAGACUCUACGUUGUUGGCGGGUCUGUCAAUGAAACUGCUGCAGACUGGGACUACCCUGGAUUGAUGCACUACACCUUCUCGACCAAGAAAUGGGACUGGCAACGAUCGGAAAGCUGGAACACGCAAAACCGACAAAACCACGGCGCCGCCUAUCUCGCUGGAUCGGACAAGAUCCUCGUCUACUCAGGCUCUCAAAAGACUGGAGAUUUGGGCGCUUCGCCUGAAACAUUCUUGUUCUCCACACAAGAGCCAUUCGCUGUCCAGAGUUUUCCUUCCAAUGGAGUGCCACCUUCUGUAAGACCCAUGCUCAUGGCCUGGGAUACGACUUCUGCCUUGAUGAUUGGAGGCGGCUCUACAAACUCGGCUGCCUGGACCUUCAGCGAAGAAAAGGGUUGGGAGAACCUGGGCGUCUCACUAGACUCCGGCAUUGUGAAUCAGGAUUCGGUCCAAUGCACCGUGGUCAUUGGAACCGAUGGAAGCAAGGUUUUGCAGAAGUUCGACAUGGGUGUAGCACCGAACAAGGUGGAGCGCAUCGUCCUUUUAGGCGAAGGCGGAAUUGUUGCUAAGACUGGCACAACGGUUGGCAACAAGGCGAAGCGAAACACGAUUGCCGACUGGCCAGCUUACAACGCGACCGCCGCUCCCAAGUCCACGCGUUCAAGCUUUUCCCUGGCCCAAGGCGAUGAUGGAAUGACCGUUGCCCUGGGAGGGAACGCGCAAGACCCGCUUUGUCUCUUCAACGCCAAGGAAAACGCGUGGGUUAACGCAACGACCUUCUUCGGCGGACAGCAAGUCUUGAUUGCAUCAGAGACAUCUUCCAUCUCGAGCAGCACCCCAACGGCAACAGCCUCAUCAACAGCAUCUCCCAGCGCUACUGCCACAGACUCACCUGCGGUAGCUGCCACACCACCGAGCAACAAGUCCAAGAUGUUGACUGUUCUUGGCGCAACAUUGGGUACCAUCUUCGGUAUUGCCGCUGUUCUCAUCCUCAUCUUGUUUUGCCUGAAGUACAGGAAGAACAAGGUCAAGAAGGCCCAACAGACUGGAUACGUAGAACGUGAAAAAGAUCGUCUCAGUUUUGCCGACCGUGGCGCAGACUUCAUGAAGGAGGCUGGCGGAUCGGUAGCAACCUACAACCUCCCACAGCAUAACGAUUCUACUACAUCGCUGGCCAUCAUCCAGGGUCAAGGAGGCAACAGUCACAAGAAAAAUACGGCAAGCGAUGCUAGCACAGCAGGCCUUGUCAAGAAGCCCAGCCCGCUUGCAUAUUCGCAAGAGCCGUACGAGCUAUCCAAGUUUGACCUAAAGCCUGAGCCCGUAGAAGAGAGGAUGAUACGACAGAACUCUGGACGAAACCCUCCUGCGAACAAAGCCGACGGCCGAAGCAGAAGCUCUGGCUGGAGUCGAUACUUCGCGAACAACGAAGCCACCAAUCUCGCCAUGCCUGCCGACAACCGCUCUACCUUUGCUUCUGAUCGCACUAGCAUGAUGAGUCAAUCACAGUAUACCAACUCACGGAUGCCCAGCCAACAUCCUUCGACAUAUGUUCCCCCACUUGAGAUUCCCAAAUUCGAUGGUCAGCGUCUCAGUAGGGUAGCCAGUGGAAGCCCAACGCUUGGAAGCAUCCAGAGCCAACCAAUGCCCCAUCAGCCCAUGCAAGCCGAGCUUGAUCGUGCCAACUCGAACAGUAGCUCCAGAUCCGGCCUUAGCCACAACGAUGAGCACUACUUCCGCAACCCUGUCGAAAGCUGGACACCUGUUGGUGAUGACGGUCGACCACCUAGCAGUGCAUACACGGAAAGUGUGGUCAUUGAGCCAAACAACAACAACAACAAGUUUGACGGCACCAGCUCGUACUAUCCUGACGACGGCAACUCUUUCUACCCAAAAAGUAAUUUCAGCUCAUUUUACCCUGGCCAAGGCGGAAGCUCACUCGACGUACCUGAUGCUCGGGGCAGUACAUUCACCAUGUUUCCCUCGGGACAAGCACCGAGUGCGCCGGUUGAUGAGAUGCCCAAGAGCAGGUUCAGCUCCAUGUAUCCUGUACCGCCUCGCAUAGGCCUGACACCACAAGACCGCGAGAGCACAGUUACUGUCUUCCCUGGCCCACAUCAACCUCAGUCGGCACAGAUUGAAAACAUGCCGAGCCCGACAUUUCACUCGUUCCACCCCGGUGUUCCACGCAUAGGCCAUGAAAGUACUGUCACGAUGUUCCCAGGAGGCCCACCAGGCGGACCCAAUCCUCCCAACAACAAGGAAGGUGACAACAUGUCGUGGCUGAAUUUGGGCACAAGCAAAUAA